AUGACAUUGAAAGAUGUCUAUGAGACAAAGAUUGCGCAUCUGGCAUCUAGUCCAUCUGAGCAGACAUUCUACCAAUGGGUAUCAGCCUGCUGCAAAUACCUGCAGAUUACUGCAGGUCUUGACCUUCACUGGAUGCUGAGCCAAGUGAGCAGCAAAGUUGUUUGUGAUAUGGCCAAAUGUGUGAGGCAUCCCCCAGCAGAUGCUUAUCGUGUAUUGAUUUGUUCACGGAUUAUACCCACUGUUUGUCAAUUGCGGGAGCUGCUUCCUCUUAGCCUCCCUGCCUUUUUCCUCAAGGAUACAGAUCAAAUCUUUGAUUCAAUUCCUCUCAGGUAUGGUAUAUCAUGUAUGCAUGGUCAUGAUGCUCCAGCAAAGCAUCCAGAUAGACUUGUUGGUGCCAACCAGAGUCAAUUUUUGCCUUACCUAUCCAGUGAAACUGAACAAAAUGAACAGCUUUACUUUAACCUUCAAGCAGCCUUUGGCAAGAUAGAACAUUGUCUUCCUCAGAAAUACUCUACUCUAGUCAAGGGACACACACAAGCAUACAACAGCCAUCUAUCUAUAUGUGUUUUUGUUGCUGUUGUUGUCUUGUCCCAUCUUAUUAAAAUGGCUAGAUUUACAUGUUCCACUAAGACAAAGGGAAACAUUUCUGCCAAAAAAAUCCCCAGAGCUCCAUCCAAGAGUCCAUCUCCUCCAUUGUCAACUCAGCCCCCUGCAAGGAAAAAGGCACCUACUGGUACUAGGGGAUCUGAAGGGAUGUCAAAAGAAGAUGAGAACCUCCUUAAGACUCUUUUGGACAAAAUGAAAGCAGUUGAAGCAGCUGAUAUAGAGGUAGCCAGUAACACACAAGAAGUCAACGGAGAAGAACACAAUAGAGAUGAUCUAGUUGAAGAUGAAAGCUCUCAACCUAUCAACUGUCAUUCAAACACUAAAGAAGACAAUGAAGCCCCUCUGGACCAAGAUAGCAAUCAUGGUAGAGCCAACUCUCAGUCUUUGGAUAAUAACGCAAAAGCUAUGAGGACAUACAUUGACACUCAAAAUGGCUUUUCAAACCCUCUCAACUGUCAAUCCAUCUGCUGGGACUUAUUAGUUAAAGCUACCAGUGAAAACAAAUAUGCUGCCUCCUUGGCCGACAAAAUGAAGAUUUUACAGGAUGACCAAGACUUGAAAGCUCAAGUUUGGAAAGGUUGCACGCAGGAUAAAACAUCUGACGUUACGCAACCAUGGAAAAACAACAUAUUCAAAACGCUCUUUCAAAGGUUCAGAGAAUGUUCCCCAACAUAUCUGGCAAGUGUGUUUGGUGAUAUUGAAGAGUUUGUAUGGGGCAGUCCCAGUACUUUGACUUUGUCUGAAUCCUCCCAUCUCAUCUUUGACUUCAAUGCUUUAAAGGAGGCAGCUAGGGCUUUUAAGCAGUAA